UCAGCAGACCCGCAUCAGCAGCACAGCAGAAGGAAACUCUUUCCAUCCGUACGGCGGUCCGCAAGUUUAUUCGCCGUUUGGAGCGCGCUCAGAGUGGUUGUGUGUUUUGUCGGCGCGAAGUAGGCAAAGUUAGCGAACAAUAGAACAGUGUGUUAAUCUGGAUACAUAGAGCUAGGGAGAAAGAGCCGGUGUAAAUGCAAAUUUCUCGUGUUUGAGCCAGCGUAUUUUUUUUCUACGUGUACGCGAUCGUUACGGUUCGCAGGACACGCGGACCCUGUCAAAGUGGCCGCGAAAGAGUGUGUUGAUUUUUGGUUCUGCUUACUUUUAUGAAGAUGUUCUUGUCCGGAGCUCAUUAUAAACCGAGUAAUCGAAUUUGGUGUGUAAUCGUUGCGGUUGACUAGUUUUUCGGAUGGACUUUGAACAAUAGAUGAGUGAUUUUUUUUCUCUGCAGCUUCUGUGGAAUGACCCAUGGAAAUCGUUGACGGGCGGGUCGUGACUUAACUGCAUGUUUUGUUAGUAGCGAGGCUAUAGUGCAGAAAAUAAACAACGUUGGUGAAUUACAGGUGAUAUUUUGAAAACAUUUGCCGACGUGAUGUAAUUGUUUACGUGUGAUAAAUGCAAUCUGGUAAGCCGGCUUGAAUGUACCCUUCGACCAAUUGUGAGUGUAGUCAACGAAACUUUGUGAAAAGGUUUUAGAAAACCGGAAAUAAGGCCAAAUAAAAGUUGUACAGUUUGUUUUUUUAUUUUUAUCUCGAGCAGAAAAUCUGCGAAGACCCCAAAAGCGUAUUCGUGUUCGGUUUCAGAAGUGCUGUUGGUUGCAUGAAAAUCAGACAGGCAGCCACCAACGCCGUCAGGCCUCAGUGAGUUCAAUACGAUAAAAAGCGUUUCGAUUAUUUUUUCGACUAGAAAUAAAAAGAAUUGUGCAAAGCAUAAAUCAGUGUUUGUAAAGUAUACAGGUCGAAAAAUGGCUGCCGUUUCCCGCCCGUUCGUACCACGCAAGUUCAGCUACUAUUUCGAAAACCGUAUCACAACACCGGCUUCGGUAACAGCUGCAGCCACGGUACUGCCUACUUGGUUCAACAACGGCUUGUGCGUAUGCUGAAGUAGCUCUGUGUUGUUGCGGGUGGACCGCCUACGUACAUACAACAAUAGUGACAAUAGAAAGCGACCGUGUCUCUCAUCGGUUCUGCGGUGGUUGGGUUUUUUUUUAUUUGUUUGUGAAAGAGUGAGUGAAACAUUGACAAACGGAAGAUCUAUCGUGUCGGCGACCAGUGUGUUUGUGUACAGUUGAAAAUCGGCGUGGAAAAUGUGAACCUGUAUCAAGGACGCCUUGGUAUUGCUAAAGUUGUCCUUGGCGGCCUUACUCCGUCCAGUCGCUGGUGCGCGCUUCAAUGCAUGUGCGUGUUGCGGGCUUUGAAGGGUGCUCCUAACGAUUCAACCGCGCGUGUAGAGCAGCUGUGAUUGUUCAGGUGAAUGGAGUGACGUUUGUUUCACAGCAAUUGAAAGCAGUGCUACCGAUCGAUGUGCUCGAGUAAGUGUUCCAAACCAAUUUGUUUUGCACAAACCAUGUUCUAAACAGUGUGAAGUGCUAGUGUCAAACAGUUGUGUUGAAAAGUAUAACAGCAAUUAAAAUGUCCAAAACGAUCGAAACGCACCUGCAAAGUAACGAGGUCCGUAUUCCGAAGAAAACGGGAUUCGACGUAUCCUCAUCGGCUGCACCGUGCCAAUACUUUAAAAGUUCCUUCGCACGCUCUCUGUCAUUCAGCCAAGGCGGUGGUGGUGGUGGUGGCCCAUACGGUACGGCUGAACAGCAUUUUACCCGAUCGCUGGAUUUUGAGGUUAACUUUGGCCUAUCCACUAUUCCGGAUCAACCACCCGAUAUGGGCUCUUCGCAAACUACAACACCGUCCGCCUCCCCGGUCUACGAUCCGGAACGUGAUUUGGUGCGUGAAGACGGCAAAACGAAACUAGCGAAUGGGAUCGCCACCAGCAACGGAGGAGUCGUCAAGACUCUGUGGAGCUACGCUAAAAUUUCGGAUACUAAACCUAGCAGCUCGGGUGGUGCGCCACAUAAAGCGGCGGUACCCGGCGGUGGUGCAGUACCAGCGACAUCCACUUCAUCGCCAUCGAAAAUGCCGUCCGGCUCCGGCUCAUCUUCGUCCACGCGAAAGAGCGUUGAGGCCAACGAAAUUGAAGUUCUACGACUACGAAAGGAAUGUCAAAAUCUCAUCGAAGAGAAUCGCCGCCUGGUGAAUCUGGCCGCCAAUAGCGGAUAUGCUACCAACGGUGUGAUGAAUGGUGCCAGCGGUGCCGGAAUCGGUCGGAGCAGUCUCGGUAGCGAACGGAGCAGCAGCACCAGCAGUGGCAGUAGUAGCCUUACCACCCUAGGGCUCGGGCUGGCCGGUGGAGGAGUUGGAGUAGCCGGUUCUGGCACAGGUACCGCGGCCGGGAUGUACUCCAGUGUAGAAUCUGUGAUCCUGCAGACGCAAGUGGAAACACUACAGUGGCAGCUCAAACAGGUUGAUUCCAGCCGACAGAUGUACCGUGCCGUGAUGGAGGAAGUGGUCCGCUAUCUGGACCGGUGUUACCGCGGACUGGACGCACUACAGCCGAAUAUUAUCGGACGGUCGAAAAGUGUCCUGCAGGUAUCGAAGAAUCACAGCCAUCACGAUUCCGACAGUAGCAGUGCCAGCAGUCCCAGAGCCCGCAGCAGUACCAACCUGAUCGAUGUGCAAAAGACUUACACCAAGAAGCAGCUGGAAUUGCUCAGCCAUCAGCAGCAACAGCAGCAGCAGCAGCUUCAGAAUAGUUCGAUUGUAGGCUCACCACUGCAGGACGAUGACUGCAUUCCGCCAUCACCCGCCGGCUCGUACAGCACAUUUCGAGAUUUUACUUGGCGCCGCUCACCGAAACGCAUCCAGACUCUGUCAAUUUCCAGCGCUGAAGUUGACCCGGAGAAGCUGGCCCAGGAAGCGUUUCGUUUACUGCGAACGGUUCAGAAUCUGUUAAACACCCAGGAACCAACGUUAUCGCAAUCAUCGACCGGGCUUGAUAGUAUGUUGCUUGCAUCGGCUGCAGGAUCCACCACUGGAAGUACCACGACGCUGACCGGUACAGGUGGGGGACUGGCGAGUUCUAGUGCUCCCACUGUUCAUCACCACCACCAUCAUCAUCACGUGCCGACAACGGUUGAUGGUCUAUACGGAGGAGUGGUAAAUACGCGGAGCAAUGUCGGAUUUAGUCGGAAAUUGAACAUGAGAGGCAGUCGGUUGUCGUUGAGAAGCAGCACAGAUGAUUCGGUGCACUCGACGUCAUCGUCCAACAAAGCGGAAACGGAUGAGGAUAACACGGAUAGACCAUCGCCUCCAUUGAGUCACCAUCUGCAUCAUCAUCAUCACCCACUGGUACAUCAGCAUCAGAACAGUGGAAGCAGUAGUAGUAGCAGCAGCAGUAGCAAUAGCAGCCAUUUGAUCAAUCACCGUCACAGUGCAAACAUCGAUCGUAUCAAAGAGAUGAUGAUCUCCUGCUCGGCAGAGGAUGAGAGUGGAUUCAGCUCGAUGAACUCCUUUCAAGAGAUAGGACUACCGCUAAUAAAUUCAACGGUACUGUCGUCUUCUACGGCUUCGUCCACGACGGGCGUGGGAUCGGCAGAUUCCAAUUCAUCCACCGGUUCCUCGACGGGAUCGGUAUCCUUCGUGUCCGACGAUUCAUCCGACAUGAGAGAUAACACCAUGGUACCAACGAGUAACGUGACGACGAUCGCCAUAAAUCCCAUCACCAACGGACCGUCCGUGGAUUCAUCUGGUAGCAGUAAGCAUCUCUCCGACAAACUGGGAAUUCCUUCGCCUUCCAAAGCACCGGAGAUACCUGCUCGAGUGACACAAUCUGCAGCGUACGAACAUCAUAGCCAUUUCAUCAACCAUCGCCGCUGGGACUCGGCUCCGGUUGUUCCGCCGAAGCUUAAGAUCCACCAGCACAACGGUGACUCUGAUAGUGGUGUGUCGUCCCGCGUACUGUGGGUAUAGCAGAGAUAGAAUAGCGAGCCGAAGGGACGUAUCGGUUGCAAUUCCCUCCUCGCGUACGCCUUGUUUCGUUCCGUUUGCUCUAGACUUAGACUGAGUGAUGGCAAAAAAUAUUCUAACCGGUAAAAGUUCGAAAUUGAUACCGACAGCAGCAGUAUUGGACGUUUCUCGUUUUCGUUCUAGUAACCUCUUAACGAAAAAAUAUACAUUAAACAUAUUCUUUAUACGCGUUAACAUAAUAGGUGAACAUAAAUAUUGCAUUUAUUUAUGAACAGAUUUUAAGCUCUCAACAACCUUCUAAUGGAAACUGUCUCUCUCUCUUUUGGUUGAACAUAUUGUAAAUUUUUUAAACAAACCAGCUAGAAAUGAUCUAUUAUAAUCAGAUCUUAAACUAACCAUAUUUUAUUACCAAAGUUAGAGAAAGAUAACCAUAAUCUAAAGGUACCGUCUGGAAAACAGAAAAAAAACGGAUAACAUAGCUUUAGUUCAGACAAGAACCGCGCUACGAAGGCAAACGCGUAACGUAACGACAGAAAAACCACAGUUGAUACGAACUAGUUGAACACGGCGCUUCAACAAACGAUUGUUUUAGACAAUGAUCUAGUUGUAGGAACAAACGAUUAAACACUAACGAGCAUUUAUCCUAGCCGUGUACUUAAUACCAUAUUAUCACUAGGCAUCUUUAGUGUAAAACUUCUACCAACGUAAGAAAAAACACCAACAGAUUAUGCUAAUCUUUACAUUUAGGCAAACCUUUCUUCGUCUACUAUGCAUAAUUUUAAACGUGUAUGUGAUAAUUUCAUUAAAAAAAGAUUUAACUGCGUAUUUUCUGAUUUUUUGAUCUUAAAAACUAUAACAAAAAUAAACCGCAUUGCAAACUUAAGUUUCUAUGGAAAACCGAGUUGUACAAAUUUACAUUUGACCCAUACACGAGCAAAUGAGGAUAUAACACAUUGACGGGAAAUAGCGAACAGAUUGAGCAGCCAACUUACUAAUCCACGUAAUUGCUAGGAAAUAUAGUAAUAUUUUCUAGAUUUAGUAUUUAAACUGUGUCUAAAUUCGUUCGAAUUCAAUAUGUAUCAGUCUUGGAUGGAAAACAGGAGAAAAAAAAUAUAUUCUGAAUAGCUAUACGAGUAACAAGCAUAGUACGAACGAACACAGACACAACCGCAACCAUUCGAAUGUUUCCAGUAGAAAUCUCCAAACAUACUGAUUUAGCUCUGAUUACUAUCCAUUCUGUAAACGGUUAAAAAUUUGAUUAAAAAAAUACAAACUUAAAAUCAUUUGAAGAAA